UUUGACACAUGUUUGACAUUUUGACGUAACAGUGGCAUAUUAAUAAAUGGUGUAUUUAUAAAAUGUAUGUGAUAUAAGCGUAAUUUUAAAAACAAUGCAAGCAAAAAAACGUUACUUGCUUUUAUUCGCAUCGUGUGCGUUCCUUGCGUACUGGUAUUUCGGCGGCUAUCGCCUGAAAAGUAGCAAUUUUACCCCUGAAGAGCACCUACCCUCGUUCGUCAAUCUGAGUCAAAUUUCCACAGGAAGUGCUUUGAAGGAGCGAGAAAAAACGCCGAUCAACAAUAAACUGUGCAGUAUGGAAACCUGUUUCGACUUCAGUAGAUGCCAAAAUGGCUUUCGAGUGUUUGUGUAUCCUCCCGAAGAUAAUAGUGUGCCCAGUCCGUCCUACCAAAAACUGCUCAAUGUUUUAAUAGAAUCGCGAUAUUACACUGCCGACCCCCGAUUAGCGUGCUUGUUCGUCUUGAGUAUCGACACUUUGGACAGGGAUCGACUCAGCAACGACUACGUUCGGGAUAUGCAGUCGCGGUUGCAGCACCUGCCCCACUGGAACAACGGCCUCAACCACGUCAUAUUCAACCUAUACUCAGGCACGUGGCCUAACUACACUGAAAACAAUCUGGAUUUUAACUACGGAAUGGCGAUUCUGGCUAAAGCUAGUAUGUCGGACAGCCACAUGAGGCCCGGGUUUGAUAUCAGUAUUCCUUUGUUUCACAAGAUCCACCCCGAGAAAGGCGGAGAGGUGGGGGCUGUGAUAGCGAAUAGUAUGCCUUUGCAAAAAAGUUAUUUGCUAGCCUUCAAGGGAAAAAGAUAUGUACAUGGAAUUGGUUCUGAUACGCGGAAUUCCUUGUACCAUCUCCACAACCGGAAGGACAUGAUCAUGGUAACGACGUGUCGCCACGGCAAGAGCUGGAAAGACAUGAAGGACGAACGCUGUGACCAAGAUAAUAAAGAAUAUGAUAAAUAUGAUUACGAAGUGUUGCUGCAAAAUUCCACGUUUUGUCUAGUUCCUAGAGGGAGACGCUUGGGAUCUUUCAGAUUCUUGGAAGCUCUGCAAGCUGGGUGCAUUCCGGUUUUGUUGUCAAAUGGAUGGGCGCUGCCCUUCGCUCAGGUCAUCGACUGGAGUAAAGCGGCCAUUUGGGCUGACGAGAGACUGCUCCUUCAAGUACCGUACGUAGUGAGGUCAGUAUCUCCAGCAAAAAUACUGCAAUUACGUCAACAGACGCAGGUUUUAUGGGACAGAUAUUUUUCGUCAAUCGAAAAAAUUGUUUAUACCACUCUAGAGAUUAUACGUGAACGAUUGCCAAAUGAAACAUUUAGAGAUGCCACAGUGUGGAAUAGUUUGCCAGGAGCUUUAGUAACAUUGCCAAGUUUUUCAGACUCCCCUGAAAAUUUUCCUUUUCAAGUAGAUUACAAUAACGAUGAAGGCUUUACUGCUAUUAUAUACUGCCAAUUAGGGCUUUCUCUAACGCCAUCAGCGCCUCUGUACAGACUUGUCACCAACGUUGCUCGCAGUAAAUAUGUUUCAAAGAUAAUCGUAGUGUGGUCCAACGACAAGCGCCCUCCCACCCGGAGCCGGUGGCCCCCUUUACCCCACAACAUCAGCUUGCAUGUGAUCCAGCCCGAGGGAGAGCCAACCAAGCCCAGUAUUUCGCAGCGUUUUUACCCGCACCCCCAGAUCGAGACGGCAGCCGUGCUGUCCUUGGACGAAGACUCCGUUCUCACGACCGACGAAGUCGACUUCGCGUUCAUCGUCUGGAGGCAGUUUCCGGACAGGGUGGUGGGGUACCCGGCGCGCUCGCACUACUGGGAUGACACCAAGGCCACCUGGGGCUACACGUCGAAGUGGACCAACGACUACUCCAUCGUUCUGACUGGAGCGGCCUUCUACCAUCGGUAUUACAACGUGUUAUACACUGAGUGGCUGAGCCCGCUGUUGCACAAAACGGUCGAGCAGAGCCAGAACUGCGAAGACAUCUUGAUGAAUUUCCUCGUGAGUCACGUGACGCGCCGGCCGCCGGUCAAGGUCACGCAGAGGAAGCAGUACAAGGAGCAGCCGACGGUGGGCAGUUGGUCGCCGUGGAACGAUCCCGAUCAUUUUAUACAGAGACAGACGUGUUUGAAUACCUUCGCUGCUGUGUUCGGGUAUAUGCCGCUGUUGAGGUCGAAUUUGAGGUUAGAUCCGGUGCUUUUCAAAGACCCUGUGUCGAAUAAAAGAAAGAAGUACAGGAAAAUUGAACUGGUGGGCAGUUAGUCCACGGCUAAGUUUAAGUGAUAUUAGCAAGUUGGCAAUAUUUUUUAAUGUAACGACUUGGGGUUUAGUUGGUCUGUAUGUGUUUUUGUUGAGUACGUAUCGCCUGAUUGUUGAAAUUCUUAUAAGUACUUUUUACAUAUGAUCGAAUGUUUAUUGCUUUUAUUUUAUAUAAUAUAAGGUACCAAAGAAAUGAAAAAUGUGUAAUAAAUACAUUCAUAAGAUUAACCGAUUUUUGAGUCCAUCGAAAAGUGGCGCCACUUUAUGAUUGUAGGUGGUAAACACGUGACACUUAUACAGGAUUUUCAUAAGUCUUUCGUGCAUCUAAAUUUAAUUAAUAGUUAAGAAUGGAUGUAUGAAUCGUUUAUCAAAGUCUUGUACCCUUAACAUAUAGUUGUUUCCUGUUUACACGUAAUCGAACUGAACCAUUAUACUUCCAAAUAAAAGUAACUUUGUAUUUAGUUACUAAUUUGGUUAAGUAUUUCCCCCCAUGAAUAUGCCGUAUCACACUAACGAAUUGUCAUAAAAAUGAGGUUAGGUGUAUGAAAACACCGCACACCGUAUUCGAAACGUCACGAAACUUUCGUGGUGUGAUACUGACUUUACGACAACACAGCAAACAAGUUUGUUUUGCACAGUCUCAUGUGACACAUUACAUAAUGUUAAAGUUACAUUAGUCACCUAAUGUAUUUUAAGUUCAAACUCAGUUGUUGUCGAUGUGGUUAUUUAGUAAAAUGAGUUUAGUAGUAAUUGUAUAUCUUAGUUAAAAUUUAAUUAAUCUCUGAUGUUAGUUUUCAUUAUCAGCUGGUGUUAGUUCAGCAGUAUUAAAAAUGGGGAGAUAUACUAACGUCUUGCAUUUUAUAUGAGCUACACGUUUUGUAAUUGUAUUGAUUUUGCCGUUGUGGCACAGGCGCAUUAAACUACAAGUAUUAUUAAAUAUUCCCAGUAAGUUUACGGUCCAUUUAGCAACGGAAUUUUGUACUUUUGUAUAGAGUUGAAAAGUAAAUGUAGGCCAUUUGUUUAUCACGACAGUUGUGUAACUUUUCUCGAAAAUAAGAAUUAAAUGGUUUUUCCAUGUUUUGUUUACUGAUAUCUGUACAAAUCCGGAAGAAUUUCAACAAUUACAAAAAUUAGAGCGCUCUAUGUUAUGUGUGUCUGUGGUAGUAGGUGACAGAAUGUUGUACCCAACACCAAAAUGCUGCAUUACGAAGACUACAUGUACUGUUUUUUGUUAAAAGUCGUGGAUGCAAUGGAUUUUAUAUACCGAGCGAUAGCUAAGGUUUCACGGUUUACAGCUCUCGCACAGAAAUGAAGUUCCCCGCUUCCGUCUGACUGCCUAUU